GCUGUUCUUCUUCUUCCCUGCAGCCGGCAAGGAAACCCAGCCAAGCCGACAGCACUCCCUUGAGAAAACCGGUAAAAGCUUGGGGAUUUCUCCUUCUUUUCUUGCUCUAGAACACAUAUAGAACCCAGAAACUUCCCCCCCCUCCAGAGAAUUUCCGGAUCUGCUUUGCUCUGUUCCUCACCAUCGGCUGCUCCUGCUUUGUGGGGGCGAAUUGCUCUGGUUUUUGGUUUCCCCUGAAUUUUCUGCACUUCCCGCCGGCCUCCCCAAGCCACAACUCUGGUUUUUUGCUGGAUUUUUGGUUCCUGAUCGUUCUGUCAGUUUAGCACUAAGAUUGAGUCCUCAGUUUUAUGCGAGUGAGGUAAGUAAAUUAUGGUAACGCCCUUCGAUUUUAAAGCAUAUUUUAACUUGUUUUUGAAUGGUGGCGGGACUAAACCCGUUUUACACAAAUAUGAGCAUGACUGAUUUGAAAUGAAAUUGUUAUGUUUUCUAUUGAAUUGAGUAUGCCUACUUGAAGUUUAUUUAACUGCCUUGAUGAUCUGGAAAUGAUGUGUAAAGUAUGGUUUUUCUGUUAACUUCUGCCUGUUUUGUCUCCGAUGUGGUCAUGUUAUUAGUGACCCUGCUAAUGGGGAUUUAUAAACGCUAGCACAUGUCGACAUGUUAUUGAUAAAACCAGUUCGUUCGAGUGACCCUGCUAGUGGGGGUUAUACACCAGCAAAUAGUGUGCCUGCCAGUGGGAGGUUUAUAACACUGGCCAUGACCUAUAGAGGAGACGUCUAUUUCAUUCCCGUACUUUUUUCCUUGUCCACCAUUUCAGGAAGCGAAAUCGAGAACGGGGAAACCAUGGGAAGUGACGAGUUAGAAGGCUAGUCAUUUCAAGAUUGAUAUAGAUUUUAGAAAUAAAUCAUGCUUUUGUAAGAUAGAUUUUACCUUGAAUUUAUGAGAUCAAAACAGAUUUCAGUCAUUAGAUCAAUUACUUGGAUUUAAGUCAUUUUGGAUAUAGAAAUAAAUUGAGAUGUUUGAUUUAAGUUAUGGAGUGGUAUCAGAUUGUGGUAUGAUAAGUUUCGAGCCUUGUGCAUUUAUGGGUUCCUCUCACGAGUGCACGGCGUUUGUCACGCCUCGGAUUCAGGUUCUGGGGCGUGACAGUGACAUAGGGGUUUAAAGGCUUGUUGCACAUGCUAAAUGCAAUCGUGAUUCCUACGAAAGUAAAUUAGGUUUUAUUUUUUUUUUUUUGUUUCUUUUGUUUUUUUUAUUUUACUCAAGGAAGAGUAAAACUUAAGUUUGGGG